GAGAAGGUAAAGCGUGCGAAUUUGGUUAAUAAUAAAAGGGGCGAAGGGACACAGACGGAAAAGUCAAUCCACCAUCAUAGAGAACAAGAAAGAUCCCUAAAUGGCGACGGCGAUGUUCAGAUCUAGUAUUCGCUCCGCCCUACGCGGCCGCGCGCCGGCUUCCAAGAGGACUUUCUCUUCUCACGCCUCCGUUGAAGAAGAGGCCCGAGAAGCUUCUAAAUGGGAGAAAAUCACUUACGUUGCAAUAAUAUCCAGCACUAUUCUUGCAGUGGUUAAUCUCUCGAAGGGUCAUCCUCACAGUGAAGAGCCUCCUGCUUACCCAUACUUGCACAUUCGCAACAAGGAGUUUCCAUGGGGUCCAGAUGGCCUUUUUGAGUCCAAGCACCACUGAAACUGGUUUCUCUGUGAAGGCAUUAAAAUAAUUGCUGUCCAUCUGCGAGUAUCAUCACAUUUGUGGUGUGAAAGCUGUUGAAUUUUCACAAGAUGUCUUCUGUGGGUUCUUUUCAGUACAAGAAAUCACUGCCUUUACUUUGGUGUAUCUGUAUUUUGCAGUUUACUGUUGUAGUGCUUUUUAAAGAAUAAGAAUUGAGGGAUGAUUAAGUCAUUCCAGUUAUUCUUUUCGAUAUUGUUGCUCUUUAAUGGCCCAUUCCGAAUGUCUUAAUGCAUGAACAUCCUAUCCUAUACUUGAUAUUAUUGACAUGCGGGCUUAAGUUUCAUCUUUUAA